UCUCUCUCUCAUUAUCUCUGUUUCUCUCUCUCUCUCUGUCCUCUUUUGCUCUCUUUCAUUCUACACACUCCGGAAGCAUAUGUCACCGCGCUCAAGGAAUCGCCUCCUUCUCCUCUCUCCUUUUUCUCAUCAAUAGCUUCUUUUUGUUUUCCCAUCCACCUUACUAUCCUUCGGUUCUCUUCUGUUCUCUUCGGUUCUCUUCCCUUCUUUCUAAACCUAGAACCAUGUUCUAUUUCCAGCUGGUGAUCAUGGCUGGGACGGUUCUCCUGGCGUACUACUUUGAGUACACAGACACAUUCCCCGUUCACGUCCAAGGGUUCUUCUGUUUCGACAAGACGUUCUCCAAACCGUACCCCGGACCCGAGGACGACAGCAAGGCGCCGCCGGCACUGGUCUACUCUCUGGUCACCGCUAUCCCUACUGUCACGAUUCUGAUUGGAGAGGUGACAACGUUCUUUGUGAAAGCGGAGGGGGCUCAGGAGAAGACCAUUGUGACGGCUGACUGCUGUUACUUCAACCCCCUCCUCCGCAGGAUAGUACGCUUUCUGGGUGUCUACUCCUUUGGCCUCUUCGCCACCACCAUCUUCGCCAACGCAGGCCAGGUGGUGACAGGAAACCAGACCCCUCACUUCCUGUCUGCCUGCCGCCCCAACUACACAGUCUUGGGCUGCCAGUCCCCCAUGCAGUACAUCACAGAGCGCCGCGCCUGCACUGGGAACCCCUACCUGGUUGCGUCUGCACGCAAGUCCUUCCCCUCCAAGGACGCGGCCCUCAGCAUCUACUCUGCUGUCUACACAGUGAUGUACGUGACGCUGGUGUUCCGUACAAAGGGCACCCGGCUGACCAAGCCCACCCUGUGUCUGACCCUCCUGUCCCUGGCUGUGCUGGUGGGGGUGGUGAGGGUCACGGAGUACAGGAACCAUUGGGGUGACGUCCUGGCUGGAUACCUGACCGGAGGGGCCAUCGCUGCCUUCCUGGUGACAUGUGUGAUCAACAACUUCCAGCAGACGGCGUCAGCCCUGCCCCCGCUGCCCCCCCAGCGCCCUCAGCCCCCCCACGGCAUGCUACUGUCCACCCUACCUCGCGUGGAGAGUCCACUUGAAAAGUUAAGUUGCCCUCAGGUUCCAAGACUACCGUACACUGAGAUCACAUGACCAUCAGCCAUACCUGUGCCCCGCCCCUCCCGAUGUGCUCCUCCCCUCGCGGCGCUUCAUCUCCAGCGAAGUCUAGACCUGCCCUCCAUCUCUGAGCACCACGCCCCCUGCCCCGCCCACCCUGAGGGGCGGCCCCCUCUCCGACGCUCGUUCUCCACCCAGGUCUAGAACAUGGAACCUAGAACCGAAAUCACCCAGAUCCAACCUCAAAACAACCUUACCUGGGAGGGACUACCUGGACUUGUCCAAUAAGAAAGGCUUGUUUUCGUUUUCCGCUGCAAAACAUUUUGCUACGGUGUGCAGUAAUGAAUACGACCCUGAAGUAGGUAGAAGUUUACCCUAACCAUUAAUACAUGGUCAAAUAUCUUGUCAUCCUUGUAUGGUUAGGGUUGGGGGUAAGGGGAAUCUGAUCCUAGAUCUGUGGUUAGCCUCCAUCACCAAGGAGACGACCCAGGCCACGGCCAUGGUAACCGGC